AUGGACGACUCGAUAAUGGAUGAUUCCGUCUUUGAGGAUGACGGCUCUGACUUUGAGCCGGAGCCCCUUACACAACUUGAACAUAUCAUUAAACGUCCGGAUACAUAUAUCGGGUCCAUUGAACGUACCUCGCAGCAGAUGUGGGUGUACAGUACGGAGUCGGAUGGGAUGGAGUUCCGUGAGGUCUCGUAUGUCCCUGGUCUCUACAAGAUCUUCGAUGAAAUCGUCGUCAACGCUGCCGAUAAUAAACAAAACGAUGCCAACAUGGACGAGAUUCGCGUGACAAUUAGCCGGGAGACCGGCGAAAUUAGUGUGUGGAACAACGGUCGCGGUAUCCCAAUCGAAAUGCACGCAAAGGAGAAGAUUUACGUUCCGGAACUGAUUUUCGGUCAUUUGCUCACCUCAUCCAACUACGAUGAUACCCAGCAAAAGGUCACUGGUGGUCGUAACGGUUUCGGUGCGAAGCUCUGUAACGUCUUCUCCACCGAGUUCAGCAUCGAGACUCAGGACUCGCGGCAGAAGAAGAAAUACAAGCAAACGUGGACCAGCAACAUGACAAAGAUGGGCAAGGCGAAGAUCACCGAUGCAAAGGGUGACGACUACACCAAGGUCACAUUCAAGCCAGAUUACGCCAAGUUCGGAAUGGACGGCAUGGAUAACGACUUCGAGGCCCUUGUGAAGCGUCGUGUUUACGAUUUGGCGGGUACCGCGAAAGUGGCGGUCAAGUUGAACGGUAGCCGGGUACCCGUUCGCAACUUCAAGAAGUACAUGGAGAUGUACACCAAGGCGAUCCGUCGGGAACGUGGCGAUGAUGGCCCUGCCGCCAAGGACGAGAUUAUAACUUGCAGCCCCGAUCCUCGUUGGGAGGUCGGCUUUGCAGUCUCAGAUGGUUCCUUCCAACAGGUGUCAUUCGUGAACUCCAUUGCUACGACGUCUGGUGGUACCCAUGUAAACUAUAUCGCCGACCAGAUCUGUUCUAAAUUGGCCGAUCAAGUGAAGAAAAAGAACAAGAAUGGUGCUACUCUGAAGCCUGCUCAGAUUCGGAAUCACAUCUUCAUUUUCGUCAAUGCUCAGAUUGUCAACCCGGCCUUCACCUCUCAGACCAAGGAGCAGCUGACUACCAAGUCAUCUCAAUUCGGCAGCAAAUGUGUUCUCGAAGAGGACUUCUACAAGAAGAUCUUGAAGACGGACGUCAUGUCAAAUAUUCUGCAUUUCGCUCAGCAAAAGGCCGACCAGAUGCUGAAGAAGACCGAUGGUGGUCGCCGUGCUCGUAUGAACAACCCUAAGCUGACCGAUGCAAACAAGGCUGGUACCAAGGAUGGCCAUCAUUGCACACUGAUUCUGACAGAAGGUGACUCCGCCAAGGGUCUGGCCAUGGCUGGACGUGCGGUGGUCGGUCCGGAUCUCUUUGGUGUUUUCCCCCUCCGAGGAAAGCUGCUGAACGUCCGUGAUGCCACUUUCGAACAGAUCUCGAAGAACGCAGAAAUCCAGAACAUCAAAAACUUCCUUGGGCUGCAGCACAAGAAAGAAUACACGGAUACCCGUGGGCUGCGUUAUGGACAUCUGAUGAUCAUGACCGAUCAGGAUCAUGAUGGUUCUCACAUCAAGGGUUUGCUCAUUAACUUUUUGCAAGCCCAAUUCCCGAGCUUGUUGAGGAUCCCCGAGUUCCUCAUCGAGUUCAUCACGCCCAUCAUUAAAGUGUGGAAGGGUGACCCGAAGAAUCCAACGAAACAGCGCUCGUUCUUCACCAUGCCUGAGUAUGAGGCCUGGAAAGAGGAACACAAGCACGAACGCGGCUGGGAACACAAGUACUACAAGGGUUUGGGUACCAGUACCACCGAAGAUGCACAAGUCUACUUCCGGGACCUUGACCGCCAUCUGAAGGAGUUCCACACCAUGCAGGACAACGAGGUGGGCCUGAUUGAGCUUGCUUUCUCCAAGAAGAAGGCCGAUGAGCGCAAGGAGUGGCUGCGUCAAUUCAAGCCGGGAACCUUCUUGGAUCACUCAGUGUCCAAGAUUUCAUACACCGACUUCAUCAACAAGGAGCUCAUCCUAUUCAGUAUGGCGGACAAUGUCCGAUCGAUUCCUUCGGUCGUGGAUGGCCUCAAGCCCGGUCAACGUAAGGUUCUUUAUACUUGUUUCCGACGCAACCUGAAGAAGGAUAUGAAGGUGGUCGAAUUAGCGGGUCACGUUUCGGGUAUGACUGCGUAUCAACACGGUGACAUCUCCCUGCAGCAGACCAUCGUCGGCCUGGCACAGAGCUUCGUCGGGUCCAACAAUGUAAACUGUCUGGAGCCCAGUGGUAACUUUGGUAGUCGUCUCCAGGGUGGAUCAGACUGUGCCAGUGCUCGUUAUAUCUACACUCGCCUGUCGCCGUUCGCUCGACGUGUCUUCCAUGCUCAUGAUGAUCCUCUACUUACUUACAACGAGGAUGAUGGUGAAAAAAUCGAGCCGGAAAUCUACGUGCCCGUCGUUCCCAUGAUCCUGGUUAACGGUGCUGACGGUAUCGGCACCGGCUGGAGUUCAUCCAUCCCUAACUACAACCCCGAGGACAUCGUGGACAACCUUAAGCGACUCAUGGACGGAGAAGAAACCCGGCCCAUGCAACCAUGGUUCCGCGGAUUCACCGGUGAAGUCACCGAUGUCGGUGGUGAUCGCUUCAAGUUCAGCGGUAUCAUUAAAGAGACUGGCGAGAAGGAAGUUGAGAUCACCGAACUUCCUAUCCGGACCUGGACUCAGGACUUCAAGGACAAGCUGGAGGAUAUCAUCAAGGCUGAGAAGACUCCCUCAUUCAUCAAGGACUACAAGGACUACAACACUCAUACCAAGGUACAUUUCGUCAUCCAGUUGGACGAGAAGAACAUGAAGAGCGCCCUAUCUGAAGGCUUGGAGGAGAAGUUCAAAUUGUCUAAAACGGUGGCGACCACCAACUUGGUGGCUUUCGACCCAGAAGGUCGCAUCACAAAGUAUGCCACUGUUGAUGACAUUCUCAAGGAGUUCUAUACCUAUCGUCUCAAGUUCUACGAGAAGCGCAAGCAGUACCAGCUCUCACAGCUUCAAAAGGAGCUUGACAAACUCAGCAACCAGGCGCGCUUCGUCCAGGAGAUCAUCGAUGGAAAGCUGGUCGUCUCCAAGAAGAAGAAGAAUGUCCUUGUCCAGGAACUGAAAGACAAAGGCUACAAGGCAUUCCCUAAGGUGGCCGAAGCCGUUAAGGCUGGAGAAGAAGAGCGCGUCGUUGAGGAAGAUGAUGACGAGUCUGAUUCUCAGGACACCGAAGUUCUUUCCAGUGCCUACGAUUACCUUUUGGGUAUGGCCAUUUGGUCUUUGACCCAGGAGCGUGUCGAAAAGCUCCGCCGCCAGAUUGGCGAAAAGGAGGUCGAGGUCGACGCAUUGAUCAAGAUGUCCAAGGAAGAUAUCUGGAAGCGUGACCUCGACGAUUUCAUCGCUGAAUGGAGGUUCCAGCUUGAGGAUGAACAUCGUCGCCAGCGUAAGGUGGCCAUGAUGGGUCGGCGCACCUCCGCGAAGCUCAUGACGGCGGCUGGCCGUGGAGCGGGAGCGAAGAAGCGCAAGGCCGCUCUUGGGGAUGAUCCGGAUGAUGAGGACUUUGCGGCGCCUAAGACGAAGAAGUCCGCUGCGGCCAAGAAGGCUGAGCCUAAAGGCGGCCUCCUCAACUACCUGAAUAAGCCGGCCACGAAAUCUAAAUCUCCGCCCAAGGACGAAGACAACUCCGACGAAGACUUCGCUAUGGAAGUAAUGCCCAAGAAAAACCGUGGAGCGUCCAAGCCUCCCAAGGAGGAGGAUGAAGAUGACGAGAUGGGUCUAUCAGAAGUAGAAGAGGUCAUGCCGAAGAAGAGUCGUUCAGCACCCAAAGCCGCCGCUAAAGCCGCCCCCAAAGCGAAAGAAGUGGACGAGGACGUAAUGGAAGUCGAGGCACCUCCCAAGAGAGGCCGUCCAGCGGCCAAGGCCAAGCCUAAGCCCAAGCCCAAGGACGAGGCGGACGAGGACGAUCUUGAUGACGAUGACUUCGCGGAGAUCACGAAGGCUGAGGCGGCCAAGUCGUCCGCUCCCCCUAGCCGGUCUCGCAAACCUGUCAAGUAUGCCAUCGAGUCUGACAGUGAUGACAAUGGCGAUGAUCUCCUGGGCGAUGCUGCCGAUUCGGAAGAAGAAGACGAAGAAGUGCGUCCUGCUCGGAAGCCCGCUGGUCGGCCUGCGCGGCGGACUGCAGCCGCCAAGAAAACCUACGUGAUCGAGGACGACGACAGCGAGGACGGAGGCGAUGCUUCGGAGGAUGAUUUCGAGGAGGACAGCGACUGA